AUGGCACCCCUCGCGCUCGUUUCGCUGCUGUCGUUGGCGCUCGCUGGGCCCGCUGCUGCGGCGGCGGCGGCCAAGAAGUGUACUGCCGGCCCGGCGCUGAAACAUUGGCCUCCCGCCGCUGCCAAGGCUCUGAAUGCCAUGAUCGCAGCCAAUGCGCACUCCGGACGUUAUGCCGUGUUUGACAUGGACAAUACGAGCUACCAGUACGAUAUCGAGGAGUCGAUGAUCCCGUUCUUGGAGAACAAGGGGGUCAUCUCGCGCGACACGAUCGAUCCGUCUCUCAAGAUCAUUCCGUUCAAAGACACACCCACAUACAAAGAGAGCCUAUACAGCUACUACAACCGGCUAUGCGACAUUGAUGACAUCCUGUGUUAUCCUUUCUCGGCCGAAGUGUUCAGCAACAUCCCGCUCCGCCAACUCAAAGUCUACAUCGACGAGCUCCUGGCUCUCAACUCAUCAAUCCCGACAACGGAAUACGUGGACGGCGUGCCGACAAACACGACUGUAAACCCGCCUCGAAUCUUCCGGGGCCAGGUCGAGCUAUACAAUAAGCUCCAAAACAAUGGGAUUGAGGUCUACAUCAUGAGCGCGUCGGCUGAGGAGCUCGUGCGACUGAUGGUCACGGACCCCAAGUACGGUUACAACAUGAAGCCGGAAAACGUCAUUGGCGUUUCGCUACUGUUGAAGAACCAAACCUCGGGUGCCAUAACAUCCGUACGGUCGCAAAUUGCCGACGGCACCUACGACAUGUCAGCGACCAUGGAUCUUGUCAUGACUCCUACGCUUUGGACGCCGAACACGUGGCAAACUGGAAAGUGGGCUGCCGUGCUGUCUUAUAUUAGCAACUGGAGAAAGCCGAUCCUCGUCGGCGGAGACACACCUGCCAGUGACGGGCCUAUGCUGUUCCAUGGAGUCGACGUCGCGCGAGGCGGCAUACAUCUCUGGAUCAACCGGAAGGAGAAGUCCAUGAACCAAUUGAACGGCAUGAUCAAGCAGUAUGCCCAAGAGCAAAAGGACGAGGGUUUGCCCGUGACGGCUGACAAGAACUGGGUCAUUGUCAAGCCGGAGGAUAUUCUGUAA